UGUAAAAACAGGCUUUAAUUCCUGCACAGAUCGUCCAACAAGGAUGUGAGUGCCCCCACGUUGGAGCUGACAGUCUACACUUUAACCUCAUUGUUUAUUUUAAACGUUUAAUUUGAAAUCCAAUAUGUUGGAGCACAUAGCCAAAACAACCGUGUCGCAGUCCAAAUACUUACGGACUGCAAGGUGUAUAAAACACGCUGUAAUAUACAAAGGAUGGAGAGAAAAAAACCUGUGACCUAUAUGACACGCAAUGUUCCAUGAAUAAGAAAAAAUAAUGGUCCUCCCACGAAAACGGCCGCCACCCCUAAUCAGACCACUGUGGAGCCGGGAGUGCAUGGAAUCGUCUGAAUCAACACCCCUAAACGUUGCUCCAGCCCCUGCUGCUGCCCGCUCCUUACCAGGAAGUACAGAACGACUUCCCCGCUCUCCGAUCGUAGCCUACGCGAUUCACACACCUACGUCUUAUUACUUAGUUGCAGUACAGUAUGCCGAAAUCUGUCAGAGAUCGCAUUAUGGCCGUGCUUGACACUCUUUCCAAGGAACAGUUACUUAUAUUUAAGCAUAAACUGAGUGAACUGGAUAUCAUCGGCUAUGGUCGAAUCGAAAAUGAGGGAACCGUGCAGAUCACGCAAAGGUUAGUUAGCAAGUUCACGGAAGCCCGUGCCAUCGCUCACACCGCAAAGGUCCUAAGAGCGAUUGAUCUACAGGACGAAGCGGACAGUUUAGAACAAGGUGAAAAUGACCGUGAAGGGGCCAAUGUCGCGACAGGAGCGGGAGCAGCAAGCCCGACUGCGGCGAGGGGAAACUGCGGAAGCGCCACGAACUGCAGCCCGAAACCGACGGAGGGCCAGCAUUUCGUGGACAAGAACCAUGUGGAACUGAUAACGAGAAUCACAGCGGUGAACCCCAUACUGGAUCGCCUCUAUAGAAAGAAACUAAUCAGCAUUGAAAUGUUCCGCCGGAUUACGGCUGAGAAAACGCCCGAAGACCAAAUGAGGAAGCUUUUGUACGACGUCAUUCUCCCGCAAGGAGAGGGGGCGAAAGAUGAGCUGGUUGCGAUUUUGGAUGAGCAACAGUCGUACAUCAUGGAAACGCUGAGAGGGAAGUGAACCCUCUUCUUUCACCUGCAUGCUUCCUGUGCACGGCCAAAGUGAUCGAUGUUUGUUGAACCAUAGCAUGGCGUAAAUGAGCGGAAAGGGGACAAAGGGUCUGAUUUACAUAUGCAAAAACUUUUAUCGCGCGCAAAACUGAUAACAAAACCAAUGACUGGUGCAAAACGAGUACCUUUAAGCAGUCACUGGUCAUGUUAUUGGUUUUGUGCGUGCUAACGGUCUUAAAUCUGGCCCCGAGUGUAUGGAGAUGAUUUAACACUUUCCCAGGAUUUGACUACACGUGGGACAUCUCCAGGGACGGGG